AUGAACCCAGAAAGGGAAACUUUGUUCCAGGAAUAUCUGGCAAAUCAAGGAACGGUAGUAAAGCCCUAUUAUUGGCAGACACUGAGCAAAAGCUGUGCCAAAUGCCCCUAUCAUAUACGGACAGGUGAAGAAGCAAGAGUCCCUUAUAUGGGAUUUCAUAAUGCCUUUGGAUUCCCAUAUGGGCUAAUGAGUCCUCAAAACAAACACCUUAUAUUCUAUGAACUGAGGAGCUUCUCUGGGACAUUAGUCCAAAAGGGCCAUGCAACCAACUGCAUUAAGUAUAACAUCCACCCAGAGUCCAUGUUAUUUGAGAUGGGCGGCUAUCUGGAUGCAGUUACAUAUGACUACGACAGCAUCGGGUACAUAAUUCUUUAUUCAAACUACUCUCCUUGUAAUGAGGCUGAGCACUGCUGCAUAAGCAAGAUCUACAACUUCUUGACAAAGUACCCAGACAUUACCCUCUGUAUUUAUUUCUCUCAGCUUUAUCACACUGAGGAUGAUUUCCCUGUGUCCAUAUGGAACUGUGAAGCUUUACGAAGCCUUGCCAGCUUGUGGCCUCAUGUGACUUUGAACCCAUUAUGUGGUGGGGUCUGGCAUUCCCUCCUUUGCAAUUUUGUGAGCGGUAUGCCAGAAGCAACCCUUUAUCAUCCAAUUUUACCUGCAAGAGCAUUAGCUGACCAACAAAAUUCACAUAAAAUUAACAACAUAACAGGAAUUAAAUCUUAUUUAAUGAAAGCAUCUCCCCAGCCCCUGAGGACAGACCGGGGGGCGGGCCACACCGUGGCUGCUGGAGAUAAGCCACACCCGUACACCGGUGCGUACCCGGGGCUCACACCCACCCGGCAUGCAGAGGCUCAGCCUAGCCCAGCGGGGCCGGAUCGGGAGCUUCGCACCGCGCCGCUCACCCCCAGUAGCCACGACACCCCCAUACAGCGCCCGUUAGCGGCAGGAGACCGCUCCUAUGGUAACGGCCCUCCUCAUCCCGGGAGAACACGUGACCACCCCCUGCCGACCAAUCGCAACAGCUCACCUGCUCCUCCCCGGACCCUGCCUUCCUCCGCCCACUUGAGGGUUGCCUUCUCUACGCCUGCGCGCAAAGCCUGCCGGAUACCGCAUGAGAAAGAGGAAGUCUGUUCAGAACACAUGCGUAGUGGAGGAGGGGGUGCGGAAUUUAAAACACGCAUGCGUAAAAAGAAACUCGCAGUUGUGUUGCGCAUGCGCCCACCCAGGAACAGCGCGCGCGCAUGGCUAUUACGUAGGUUGUUGCGCGAGGGCGGAAGUGAGAGGCGGAAGGAACUCUACUCCCUGCGCAUGCGCGGUGUUGCUCACUGCGGGAAGUAG